GGACUCUCAGUCCUGCUGAUUCCCAGCGUGAGUUCGGUGUGUUUUGUGUAUGAUUGUGCGAGGACGGUUUGGGUACCAAAUUUUCGCAGCAUUUAUGUGCAAGAUCAAUCUGUUUUUUAGUUUCGGGCGUGUUUUUGAAUAAAAUUUCUCAAGUUUAAUUUUUUGGUUGUCGGAUACGGUUUGGAAAAAUGGUAGAAUGACGACUACCACGACGGUAAGGAAAUCCUACGGGAAUCGAAAACUAUAUGUGUUCCCGGAAGACUAUCCCGUAAGACCCCUGAAACAAAGGGGAAGUGCCAUAAACAGUAAUCUACCUAGAAAAAUUGAGGACGUCUCAAAGUUACUUAAGUACAUAGACGAUAACAUAGUUGGGAAAAAUAAUGCAUUUUUGGGACCUUUUGGAAGAAGAAAAGUUGUAUUUUGCGACUAUGCCGCGUCGGGAAGAUCAUUGCAGUUCAUCGAGGAAUACAUACUGCGCGAAGUACUCCCAACGUAUGGCAAUACUCAUUUUACAACAAGCAUUUCAUCGUUACAAACAACCUUAUUUAGACAAGAAGCUCGGGAAAUACUAAGGACUGCAGUGAAUGCGUCCGAUGAUGACGCUGUGAUAUUUGGUGGCCAUGGGUGUACGGACGCAUUGAACAAACUUAUUUGGGCUUUGGAUAUUCAGGAUGCGCCGGUGAUAUUUACAGGCCCAAGCGAGCAUCACGACAACUUGAACUUGUGGCAGAAGACCGGUGCUAAGUUUGUGCGAAUAGCUGAAACUAAAGAAGGGCUUUUGGACUUUAAUGAUCUCGAAAAUCAAUUAAGACUGCAUCAAAAUUGCGGGAGACAAUUGAUAGGCUGUUUUUCGGUGGCCUCCAAUGUUACCGGCAUACUUAUAGACGAUGUCGCAUGUACGAUUUUACUUCAUCAAUAUGGAGCGCUGGCCUUCUGGGAUUACAAUAUGGCCGCACCUAGCAUACAUAUUGACAUGAAUCCAUCGGUGCAAGGGGUUGAAGAUAAUUUAGCGAAUAAAGACGCUAUUUAUUUUAGCGGACAUAAGUUUGUGGGAGGUGUUCAGACCCCAGGUAUACUAAUUGCAAAAAAAGUGGUGUUCCGCAGAAUAAACACGUGCGAGCCAGACGGAUUCUUUGCUUCCCAUGAACAUAAUAAGGGUUUCGAAUUGCAAGAAGAAGGCAAUUGCGCAGCCGUAGUAGAAUCGAUAAGAUUCGGUCUGAUAAUGCAGCUUAAGGAGACCGUUUCCGCUGCAAACAUACAGCAAAGGCAGGAAAAAAUCAACAGGCAAAUGCUGCAGCAUAUAAGGACCAUCCCCGAAAUCAUCUUACUGGGAAGCAAUUCUCCGAAUUUGAAACGCGUCUCGGUAUUUUCCUUUAUGGUGAGACAUCCGAGGGGUUCCUUUUUGCAUCACAACUUUGUAUGUGCGGUUCUUAACGACGUAUUCGGAAUUCAAGUGAGAGCGGGAUGUCCGUGUUCCGGUGUAUACGCCCAAGAUAUGCUGGGUAUCGAUCAAAGUCUCGCCGAUCAGUACGAAAAUAUAAUGUUGGAGGAUAGACGCUUGAGCAGUUUGAAUCUGGGCGCAGAAAACUCCACUUUAGAACUCUUACGACCCGGAUUUACAAGAAUAAGUCUUCCGUAUUUUAUAAACGAUGCUGAACUGGCUUUCAUAAUGGAAGCCGUUAAAAUGGUGGCCACGGAAGGUUGGAAACUUCUGCCGCAAUAUGUCGUGGACCUCGAAACCGGUGAAUGGCGUCACCACACAAACGGUAUUCAUAGAGACCGAAAAUGGCUUUCUUCAAUAAGAUAUGUUGAAGGCAAAAUGACGAUGAACGAAAGGAGAAUAUCGGGACCGGGGUUGUUCCCUCAAAAUUACUCCGAAUGUCUUCAAACCGCCAGAAACCUGUUCAAUCGAGCUAGAAAAACUGCCAACAAGAUUCCUUAUCAGGAUCAAGGAAUUUCUUUUGACGCUAGAGCAGAGAAACUGAGAUGGUUUAUGUUACAACACGAAGCACAAAGUUUGCUCACCAGCAACGCUCAAAACGUGAAACAGAAAGUGCCCUUCGACCCCAGCUUCUGCAGCAACGGUAGAAAAACGGAGAGGUAUGAGGAGAAUCCUCAGCAGCAGACCUCCACACCUCGGACUCACAAUUUGUCUAAUUGCGGCGAAUCUCCGAGACAUUACAGUUUACCGUCGAUCGACGAUCCUAGAAUUCUAACGUGCUCGUCCCCAGUGCCAUACUUUCUGCAGGAUGUGAACGGUCUCUAUUACCCUCAGAUGUCACAACCGACAGUCAAUUUUGCUGUCGGGGAAGCUGUCAAUUCCGCCAACCUACAUCUUCACCAGCAGUCAUUUGCCAGAGAUAGAUGCUUGAGCUUGGGUCAUCCCAACGUUUCACCUCCCGUUCUAAGUCCAUCGACGCGCGUUAGUUUGGGGAUGGCGGCUCCGAUCAGGCAACGUCAGUUAAGUUACAGUAGUCAGAACGACACACAUUCCUUGGAAUCGGAGGCGAAUUUGUCACCAACGCAUAGUCUAAGUCUUCUUCCCAACAGUUCCUUCGAAUAUAGUCAGCAAUUGGGUCGGGCAUCGCCUGCUCCCGAUCUCCAAACUUACGUCACCGAAAUGACCAAAGAACUUGCCACAAAUAUAAAGUCUGAAAUUAGGGAAGUGAUAUCCAAAGUCGAGGACGUUCUCGAAAAUACCGACAGUAUUGACAGUAGCGCGUUCCUGUGCGAACGCAAUGUCCGUAAAUUUUCAGGAAGCGGUAGCGAAGACGGGCGAAGCGAUUCGAUUUCGGCCAACGAAGUAGCCGAAUAUUUGGAAAAAAUCUCCAUUGAAAUGGCGAACGAAGUAAAGUCUGAAAUUAGGGACGUAGUUAGCGCCGUAGAUGUCUUCAUAACUCCUGACUGCAAUCAGUUAACGUAUGCAAAGAAUGACGACUGCGAGGAGACGUCGUGCGAAAAUCGAGAUACGUAUCACACGCCGGGCAGUAGCAGUGAAACGGUGAUACAACUGAUAGAGUCCGGCCCUGGAUCGACGAAACCGACAGGGGAUCAGCUCCUAAACGACAACGGGAACAAGAGCAAAAUUUUGUCGUCAUCGACGGUUGCCAGUGUCAGUUCACAAGAUAGCGGCAUAAACAUGUCGUUCCAUGAACAAGACGGAAACCAAAAUAGCGAGUUUAAGGGCAGAAGUCAAUCCGAUUCGAGGGGCCACAGAAAAUCCGAAUCGGACAUUAGAUUUUCCACUUUGCAAAAGCAUAGGCCGACGAUCCACAGGGACAUGAGCGACGACGCCCAAAAUUUGGAAAGGCUGAUUUCACGACCUUGGAUCUGUUCCGAAAAGACCCUAUGGAAGUCCGCCGUCGAGGCCAUAACAGAAUAUAAAAUGAUAAAAGAUGGUGACAAAGUGAUGGUCUGCCUCUCUGGAGGCAAAGACUCGCUAGGAUUGCUUCAUACACUCCUUCAAUAUCAAAUCCAUAUAAAAAACCAAGGGGUUUUGUUUAGUAUUGGGGCAAUCACAGUGGAUCCGGAUGCUUCUGGCUGUGAUCCGUGUGUUUUGAUACCGCAUUUAAAGGCCCUAGGAGUGCAUUACAUAAUUGACGACAAAAAGAGCGACCCCGAUGCUGAAACCGAAACGAGAGAAGAAUCCAUACAAAAUCUAUAUAGUUUUUGUAACUCGACGCUGAGACACCGCCUUUAUUCAGCCGCAAAGAGUUCCGGGUACAAUGUGCUCGCCAUAGGGCAGCAUCUGGACGAUUUGUGCGAAUGUUUUUUACUGUCAACGUUCCAUUUAGGAAAGCUUAGGACCAUGAGAGCUCAUUAUUAUCUUAAGGAGCACGAUCUGCGCGUAAUUCGUCCGUUGGUGUACGUUCGUGAAAAAUCCCUUCGACAGCUGGCGAAUAACGAAAACUUGCCAGUUUCUUCCAAUUCGUCUAGUCCCAAUUUGUCGAAGGAGCGUCAAAGGAUCAAACAGCUACUUACUCAACAGGAGAUCCUGUUUCCCCAACUCUUUUCUAGCCUCCGGAACGCUUUGCAUCCAUUCAUCGGAUUCGAUAUAAGAGAGUGCGAACUAAAGUGCAGGAAAAGGUUCUCGACCAGUCAGAAAAACGAAGAGGCCGGAUCGGAAGAAGAAACAGACGAAGAGCCGAUCGCCAACGACGACUGAAAGAAAACAUGGGUGACUUCAUUAUUUGCCAAGGAUGCGUGCUAAACUCGUUAAUGGACUGUCACGUGACAGUGAUGCUUUGAAAUUUAAAUCUUGAAUGGUCUACGACCUGCCGACUUCCAAAGUGUCAAAAAUUCGGUAAUGCAUAUAUGCGGUGAGCUUUGCAAAAUGUAUCGACUGAUGUAUUACUUAGAUUUGCAAUUGGCUGGUUUCUAAGAAUACGAAGUAGAGAAAGUAUGAUAAUGUAUUUUUAGGAUAUCUGCUAAAAUUUUUCAAGUAGUGAGAACAACGGCGUUUUGGUUUUUCAACACUGCUUAUAUUAAGCCAUUCCAAUUUUCAAUUGUCAUCUUCCAAAAAAUGUCAUCAGGAAUUCAUUCCAAAGUUGAAUUUUGGAAAACUUGAGUGUUUGAGUCUAAUCUUUAAAGAAAGGUUUAUUUAGCAUCAAAAGGGUUCUUAGGCUUUGGUAAUUUAAGGAUCAAUAGUAAUUAUUAAAAACGUCUAUUAAAAGAAGUUACCGAUUUUAUAGAAAAUAUCACUUUUUGGCCCAAUCGUCAUAGUUAUUGAGAUGACAAUACACCACCAACUCUUGUAUGCAAUACAUUCAAAAUUUUUAUUUGUUAUCACUACUCGUUCCUGGGACCAUAAGUAAUUGUAUAAGUAUGUCGUUAAGUUUGUGCAAACCAUAAAUUGAAGUACUUGAAGUAAUGGGUCGAAAUGAAUUUGUAAAGUUUAAGUUCGACACUGCCUACUCGUCUAAAUUUUGAGUUUUCCAUGAAUUAAAUAAAUUUUUCCAAAAAUAAUUUCUCGACGGUUUGAGGUCGCCUAUUUGAUUUCAUUGGCUUAUGUUCAUUUUCAUAGUAAAUGCACGAAAAAUAAUUUUUUCUGGGUUCUGGGCCAUUUCUAAAUUAUAAUAAAUGAAAACAGUGUUAUUUUUUAUAACCAGCCCUAUUAUAUUUUGUAUUUUUUGAUAUUCUAAAGAAAAUAUUUGAUUACUGCCAACAAUCUUAUAGAUAUUAAAGAUUUUGUACAAGUUGGACUCCAAUAUUGUAACCUUUUCACCGAUAACGAAACUACUUGAAAAUUGGAAAACGACUUUUACCGAACUUCAAUGAGGUUCAUUAAAAUAUAUAUUCGUACGUAAUGUUUUUUUUUUAAGUAAUGCAAUGGCGCAUAUUAACACUUAUAUUUUCCCUAUUUUUGCAGGUUAGGUUUGAGUAUAUUUUUCCUACGGAUUUUGGCAACCACUUUAUUGUAUCUGUAUUUAUUUUUCGAAUUUCGAGCCAUGAACAGGUUAAUUUUCGUUCGAAUGUCCCCGAAGAAGGUUUUUUAUUUUUUCGAGACGCCAUUUUUUCAAAUGUUAGACGCGUGUGUGUGUUUGUUGAGGGUGAAAAAAUAUUCGUUUUUUAUGGUUUUAUAAGAAUGUCUAUUAUGUAUAUUUUAGUUUUCUCAGCAGAGAAUUAAUUUUAAUCAUUUUAAUUCACGUGUACGUUCAUUAAAUUUAAAUAUGUAAAAGGAUUAUGUAAGUACCGCUUCCCUAUUUACAUAUGGAAUAUUGUGAUUUAGCGUAUGUUUAACAAUAAAAUUGUUACAUCGAGGAAAUAUUUAACAAUGUUAA